AUCUUUGCUUUGACUCAAGUAUGACAAUUGGGUACUUUUUCCAUCACUGGUUUGAUUCAGUCAUGUUUCAGUUUAACAGUUUCCUCUUUGCACAGCAUCAGGGUAGGGUUUGAAUUUCCUCUUUGAAACACUUGCUUCACACAGUAAGCUCUCUGCCUGAGAUACACUAACUGGCACUAGCACAGCGUUAGGACCGAGCCUGGACCAACGGGUGGACCAUCAGUCAGGGCAUCCUGUCUUACAACAUCACCCUCACCUUGCUCAGCAUGGGGUACCAGAGAACUACCAUGAUCUCACUCCAGAGGAUGUUGGGCCUCAUGCUCAUGCUGUUACAUGGAGGUGAGUGGUUAAUUUGUUCCAUACUUAUCUAUUAAUAUCUAUUGUUGUGAUCGCUGUGUGGAUUAUGAUGUUUAUGUUGACUGUAGUUUAUCAUAUAGUUAUUAUCUACUCUGGUGAUAUAGUAGUUUGCUGUCUCCCAGGGUGGUACUUAAACAUGUGCUCGCCUCCCGCUAACAAAACUUGAACGGAAGUUGAUUGUUGACAAAGGAAAUUAGGUUUAACCCCACAAUGGCCAAUUUGAAGACUAAUAUUUGAGAGCAAUUAAAGUCAAGAAAUUUUUGUAUUCAAUGAACAAUAAAAAAGUUAUAUUGAUAUGUUGCAAUAAUGCAAGAAGGUAACAGUCAUCAGUAGACAGGGCCCUGAGUUUUUCCUGAUCAGGUCACAUGGAUAGAAACAACUCAGGACCCUAAUUAAAGGAUACAAUUAUAUAAUGACAUGAAAUCACAAGAAACACACACUCACUCAGGUACUACUCAGACACUGUUGAUGUUGUUGAGUGAUAUGUCAGUGUCUAAAUGGGUGGGGUGGGUGUGAAUUUCCAUGUGGUGUAACAUUGUGAGCAACAUAUAUGACUGCUGAUGGUGGGUGUGGUGCUUGAUUGUUAGUAUGGGUGUUUGGCUAGUAUGUGCUAACCUAUUGUCACGACUUCCGCCGAAGUCGGUCCCUCUCCUUGUUCAGGCGGCGUUCGGCGGUCGACGUCACCGGCCUUCUAGCCAUCGCCGAUCCACUUUUAAUUUACCAUUUGUUUUGUCUUUGUUUUACACACCUGGUUUCAAUCCCCCCCAAUUACUUGUUUAUUAUUUAACACUCUGUUCCCCCAUGGUUUUUGUGAGUGAUUGUUUGUAUGUAUACAGUCCGUUAUUGUGGGCUAGUUUAUUGAGUUGUAUUUAAUGAUUCAUUGAGUAAAUUACGUUCCUUACUCAUAUCUGCUGUCCUGCGCCUGACUCCUCCACACCAGCUACACACAGGCCGAUUACACCUAUAUAAACUCCAUAUUUGACAGAAGCACCAUUGUCAAGUUUGUAAUGCAUAGGGAUGGACUAUGUGCUUUACAGUGCUCUAUUAAGCAAUUGUUGUUCCAUGAUAUACUGUACUUACACAAUAGGAAAUGCGUCUGAAUAUUUUGGGCAAGGUGAUUCCCCUUUCAGCAUGUUUCAGAAGGGAUGAGAUCAUCAACAACCUAAUGUAAUAUUUUCAUGAGAAAUUUAAAUGUUUGAGUAACCAAUUAUCAGCCAUUUAAUAUAAUGUGUCUCAGAGUUCACCCGUACUGCAGUUUCCAGGAAAGGUCAUUGUGAAAUCCAACUAAAGACACCAGCCACUCUGACUUUAUCACCAGCUGUAGAUGAAGCCGGUCUUCCUGACAUCAACCCCCUGACUCUGGAGCCUCCAGUGGUGGUGGUGAGACACGGGAAUCCACUGGAGGUCAACCGCAGCACAUUGUUCAAUACCCACCUAGGGAUGCACUGGGUCUCUACAGAAGGAAAUACAAGCUUGGAGAAAAAUAGCCUGUUUGUCACCUGGAACAUGGCUGUGGUGGACUUGGGUACACAGGCUCGGUGCAACAUAAAGUUGAAUGGGAGUCUCCUAUGCAGUCAAGACCUUACUCUCACUGUGUACAGGAAGUGUGUCCCAUUGAAUAUGAGUAGGUUCAUUAGGAAAACAUCACCGUUUAAUAUUUAAAAAAUGUUGUUUUUUUCUGUACAAUAGUGAAGUCCACUAUACAAUUAACACAUACAAGUAGGAAGUGUAAAGGAGAAAUGAAAAAUAUAUGUGGAAAACAAUUAUUAAAAAAAAUAUUUAUAUCACAAAGAUUCCAGACAGCGUCUCCAUCUCUGUUCUGAACCACUCUGGUCCCAUGGUGGAGGGGACACAGUACCAGCUGCAGUGUGACAUCCAGAACAUCGCUCCUCUACAGAACCUGGUUGUGAAGUGGUACAAAGGGAAUGAACCCUUAGAUAAUGUAACUUACAGUACUGUCAGUAAGACACCAGUGGAUGUGUCAGAUACUCUGAUGAUCAGCCUCCGUAGAGAUGAUGAUGGAGCUCAGUAUAGAUGUAGAGCAGAACUGGACCUGGGACCAGAGGGACCACAACCCCAUCCUACAGUGACAUCAGAACCUCUCAACAUUACUGUGCACUACGCUCCUGAGUUCCUUCCAGGAAAUGACACAGUGGAGGUGAGUGCAGGCAGUGAUGUGUCUCUGAACUGCAGUGCUGAGGGGAACCCUUCUCCCGAGCUGAAGUGGACCAACAACACUGCAGAGGGAAAUGCCAAUGAGACCACUGUAGGGCGCCUGCGUACUCUCAAUAUCUCCAGAGUAACAGCUAAUGCAACUUACAACUGCACAGUCACAAAUAGACUGGGCUCCAUCACCAAGCAGAUACAUGUCCUAGUAGAUGUACCUCCACAACAACAGCCAAAGAUGUUCUCCACAGCACCCUCAACUCCAGGAACUAUGACCACCCUCCCAGCAACAGCCAAGCCAAAGGUAGUUACCUUCCCUCUUGAGCUCAACCCUCCCAGAGUGGUGGUGAGAUAUGGAGACUCAGUGUCAGGCAACUGCAGCACAUCAUCCACAGACCAUGAUGGGAUGGGCUGGGAGGACACAUUCGGAGGUACAAGUUUUGAACAAGAUGUCAACAUUGUCACCUGGACUGUGGAUAACCUUACUGAUUGGACAAUAGAACCUACAUGCUACAUCAUUCUCAUUGACAGCAAACAACCCUCAAAAGUACUUCCAGUCAUUCUCUACAACACUCCAGACAGCGUCUCCAUCUCUGUUCUGAGACACUCUGGUCCCAUGGUGGAGGGGACACAGUACCAGCUGCAGUGUGACAUCCAGAACAUCGCUCCUCUACAGAACCUGGUUGUGAAGUGGUACAAAGGGAAUGAACCCUUAGAUAAUGUAACUUACAGUACUGUCAGUAAGACACCAGUGAAUGUGUCAGAUACUCUGAUGAUCAGCCCCAGUAGAGAUGAUGAUGUAGAUCUGGACCUGGGACCAGAGGGACCACAACCCCAUCCUACAGUGACAUAGGAACCUCUCAACAUUACUGUGCACUUUCCUUCUAGGGAAUGACACAGUGGUGAGUGCAGACAAUAAUGUGUCUCUGAACUGCAGUGCUGAGGGGAACCCUUCUCCUGAGAUGAAGUGGAACUACACCGCUGCGCGCAAUGUGAAGUUGUCCACUGAGGGGCGCCAGAGGACUAUUAGAAUCACCACAGCCACGUCUACCAACGCUGGGAUCUACAUCUGCACUGCCACGAAUAGAGUUGGGACAGCCACCAGAACAACAACAGUAACUCUGAAAGAUGACCCCAUAAUUAUAAUUAUUGUAAUGAUUACAUGAGUUAUCCUGGUCAGUACCCUGAUACUCCUGAAAGUCUUCUGUAUGUUGAGGAAAAGACAAGGAUAUUAUAAUUUCAUAACAAUCAACACCACAGACGUCAACCAGCCAAACAACGUUCCAAUGAUGCCACUGUCUACAACAUGGGUAGGCAAAUCUGAUCCAGGGGGGUAUCCUACGAAGGUUUGAGGAGUUACCUAGGUAAAUUAGUUCAACUCGGGACAGCCAUUCAUAGGAAAGUGUCUCACCCUUUAGCCAGGUACAUUUCAGAACUAAUCUGCUCCUGAGCAGGCUAACUCCAGCCCAGUAGAGGCUACUGAGGGGAGGACGGCCCAUGAUAAUGGCUGGAACGGAGCGUGGAUGCCAUUCCACUGAUUGCGCUCCAGCCAUUUACCACAAGCCCGUCUUCCCCAAUUAAGGUGCCACAACCUCCUGUGAACUCCACUUACACUGAAUGAAACGACUGAGGCACGAGUUGAGGACCAAUGAAAUAAGAAUCCCUCCCGCUUAUAAAGAUUACGUCAACAUCCACUUCGUUUUAGGAUGACAAUCUUUUAUUCAUGAAAAGUUUUUUUUUGAAUGUACUUUAAACUUCACGCAGUAACACUUUUGUAUGACAUGAAAAUAAUUUGGUCUACAAGCAACAAUGGGAUUUAAUAAAUCAAAUCGUUAAAAAUAAAUUUCAUCCACAUCAUUGAACAAUUCAUUCUGAAUGAAAAGCUAAAUAUAAUUUUUUCAAACAACAAUGAGACUGCGUGAUCAGCAAAAAAAAUAUUUAAAAUGUAAGAUUAAGGUGGGGAUUCAAUCGGACUAGUGUAUUUUCCUUGAUUUUGAAUGUGACUUUGAGUAACAAAUCUAUGUGUGUUUACUGCUAAUGUACUUGUAUUGGAUUUGGAGUCAAUGUCAACUAUGUGUAGACUAGACACAUAGGGCUGCAACUUUGGUGGGGAGACAUAAAAACAUAUAUUUUUUUAAAUAUCCAGGUGGAUAAACACGCCAAACAGCCUAUGCGACCGCUCGGAGACAUCUGCAUGUCUUAAAGCACACCGUUGCCUCGUUUUGUAUCACAUUCCAAUGAUUUGCCAGGUCGCAAUUGUAAAUGAGAACUUGUUCUCAACUUGCCUACCUGGUUAAAUAAAGGUAAAAUAAAAAAUAAAAAAUAAACUGUGGGGGACAAAAAAUGCAAUUUCAGAAUGUGGGGGGGACAUGCCCCCAGUGAAAGUUGCGCCCCUGCUAGGAAUUACACUGCAUAAGAAAAUAACAAAAGGAAAUGUAUUACUGCCAUGUGUUGGCUGCCCUCUUGAACAAAUAGUGUUGUAAAAUUUGAGGAUUUAUGUAAGUAUGAAGUAGCUAUGUGUGUGUGUGCUUACCUCAAUACAUAGGCCUUGAUUCAGUGGUACAGUUGGUUGAAUUGUGUUUAAACAAUCUUAACUAUGAGCUUUUUGUGUGACUAGCGUUUUUUUUAAGCUUUUAGAUUUAGAUUUUUGGCUAUUCAAUUGUCUUGCAUCUGUCAUCAUACAAAGGAAUAUAAUAAGAAUGUUCAUAUUUCUAUAUCAAUGCUUAAUUGUAUUGCUUGCUGUAGUCUAAUUACAGUAGAAUCUGAACAUUCAUUUUCCUUGAACUAUUUUCAAAACUGUUUUUAAAAGUAAAUAAACGAGCGUCACUGCUUAUGACA